AUGUCAGGCCUCUUCGGCACUACUGCCGCGGCCGCUGCUGCGAGCAGCAACACAGUCGGUGACCUCAAGAACGACGUCGCUGUCAACGAUCUUCCCACGGACAGCAUCUCCAGUAUCGCCUUCAACCCCAAUAUCGCCGACCAAAAGGACUUCCUGGCAGUUGCCAGCUGGGACAAGAAGGUCCGUAUCUACGAGGUCGACAGCAACACAGGCCAGGCUGCAGGCCGCCAUGCCUAUGAUCACCAGGGCCCAGCCCUGAGCGUCCACUUCUUCAAGGACGGCCAAAGGAUCGUGUCUGCGGGCGCGGACAACCAGGCCAGGCUCUGCGACCUCAACUCUCCUGGCAAUCUCCAAACCGUUGCGCAGCACGACAAGCCCAUCCGGUCGAUUCGGUGCGUCGAGAUCAACGGCCAGUCAGUCCUAGUCACUGGCUCCUGGGACAAGAACGUCAGGUUCUGGGACCUCCGACAGAGCACUCCCGUGGUCGAGAAGGUCGCCCCCGAGCGGGUGUACAGCAUGGAUGCCCGCGACAAUAUGCUGGUCAUUGCUACUGCGGAGCGCUUCGUCAACGUGAUGGACAUGAGAAACCCCUCGGCGGACUACUACAAGAAGCACCAGAGCCCGCUCAAGUGGCAGACCCGUGUCGUUAGCUGCUUCGCGGAUGCUUCAGGUUAUGCAGUCGGCAGCAUCGAGGGCCGCUGCGCCAUCCAGUAUGUGGAGGAUAAGGAUUCAAGCUCAAACUUCUCCUUCAAGUGCCACCGUGACCAGGCCGUUGGCAACAACCCCACCAACGUCUACGCCGUGAACGACAUCUCGUUCCACCCCGUGCACGGCACCUUCUCCACUGCCGGUUCCGAUGGCACGUUCCAUUUCUGGGACAAGGACGCAAAGCACCGCCUCAAGGGCUACCCCAACGUCGGCGGCCCCAUCACCGCGACCACCUUCAACAAGAACGGCAACAUCUUCGCGUACGCCGUCAGCUACGACUGGUCCAAGGGCUACCAGGCCAACAACCCGCAACAGCCCAUCAAACUCAUGCUCCACCCCGUCCAGGCAGAUGAGUGCAAGCCCCGACAGAGCUCUAAGAAGCGGUAG